AUGCAAAAUUCCCUUCACCAAGGCUGGAAUCUCCUCGACAGAUUGGUGCCGAAAUUUCGAAUUACAGAAGUUAUAUUGAGAGCUUGCGCACAGAGCCUGAACAACCUAGUCAUGACAAACCACGAAGAGAGGAACCCUCUGGAUGCCGAUCCCGUCCUGCGGGCGCAACAACAAUUUGAUGACGAUUGUAAGAGUGCCACGCUCCGUUUGCAAGCUCCCCUCCUACUCGCCAUACCCCGCCGGCACCAGAGACUACAGUCCAUCAGAAAGCACCGGUCGAAGCAGGAAUUACCUGCCGAGGAGGAGGAGGCCGUACCAGACAGGCCUGUUUGGUUCAGGGAUUGGUGCGGCACCAUGGGGCCUAACAGCAAGUUAUUUAUCGAUGUGGUAAACGUCGAUGAUAUAAAAAACUUUCCUCCCCCCCCGGACAAGACCAAAUCGACUGGUCAGCCUUGCGAGUAUUGUGCGAAGCCACUGGCGCGGUCGGAACUCUCGGGAAAAAAUUGGACCCGUCAUGUUCUCGACGACGUCCGACCCUUCAUGUGCCUUUUCGAAAAAUGCGACAAACGAAAGACCCCUUUCAAAGAUUUCGAAUCGUGGGACGAUCACAUGACGACUAGCCAUUCGAAGAGGUGGCCGCGGGAACUCUGUCCGCCCAUCCCCUGGGAAUGCUUCGCGUGUGGCCCUUUGGCGAGUUUUAAAGACAAGGCUGAUUUUGAGAAACAUCUCGAUGAGAAACACAGCACGUGUUGCAUGAGGAGGUGUGAAAUUUUCGACAGGACUGAAGCCAGGAGAGAUAAAUUCCGGAAAAACAUCCACAUGUGCCCCCUUUGCCAUGGGUGCGUGACACUGACUCCUGAUGAGCGCGCCGCUUUCCGCUCCGAGUCAGAGAGCUACAUCUGUGAUGUGCUGUGCGGUAGGCUGCACAGACACAUUGCUUUGUCGCUGUGUAAUCUGGCAUUUGGCACGACUUUGAAGAUUCAGGAUGAGGAUGGGACUGAGACGUCUGAUAAGGAAGACUAG